AUGCAUCGGAGACUUCACAGCAGAAGGGCGGAGGAAGAAGGCGUGAUAUUCCACAGGUUCCCGAAACAGCCAAUAGUAGUUGACCUGGCAGACAUAAAUCCAAAAAUCACGGAAAAGUUUCCCGGCUCCGACUGGUUGGAAGGGAAGGUCAAGAAGAAGCAGCCCAUUGGCUGGGAUGUGGAGUGGCCGCCCGACGGUCGGAAGGAAACGGACAAUCCAAUUGCUCUCAUGCAGUUCGCCGAUGCCGAGACAGCUUUGCUGAUUCGAACUCAUAGGACGGGGCAUUGGCUUCCCCCCAUAAUCACAGAAGUGUUAACAUCAGACACCUGCAUCAAAGUCUGUGUGGGCUACGACAGUGCGGACAAGCACAAGAUGCGGAUGUCUUUCGAUCUGCAGCCAGCGGGACUGCUGGAUUUGGCGACUCUGGCUGCACAGAAAGGACUGAAAGAAGCUGGCUUGAAGUCCUUGGCCGAGUAUUUUCAAUAUCGAAUCCGCAAAGAGACCCGCAUAGCCAGGUCCAAUUGGGCGCAGCCGGAACUCACUGCUGAGCAACAGGCUUAUGCUGCUGAAGAUGCGUAUUUCACGUUCCUGCUGAGAGAAAAGCUGGAAGAGCUUCCAGACAAGAAGGAAGAGAUUCAGAGCUUGGCCGUUGAAGGGCAGCUAAGACUACAGGAAGGUUGGGCGGAGCAGGGCAUCGAGAAACGCCACGACGGACUCUGGUGCCAGCUGUGCCAUCAGGGACCUAUGAAUACACCAGAUAACGUACGAACUCACUUGAUGGGCAGCAACCACGCGAAGAAGAUCCGAGCCAGACUCGGCAUUGAGCAAGGUGUGCCGGACGUUCUGACCGAUGACCAGGAGCAUAAUUACAUCUAUGUUGGAGAUGGUUCAAAUGGCGUUGAGAAGGGCAAAUUUGGAUGUAGUCUCUGCGGAACAAGGACAUUGCAAAACCUGCAAGCCGUCACAGUUCACAUCAACUCCAAGGGGCACCAGAAGGCCAUGAACCCGGAGCCAGAAGAGAGCGUCAAAGAAGGCCCUUUCGACCGGCUCUGGAAUGUUCCUGAUUAUGUCAUCUUGGAAGACGAUGAGCUGAUUUGCACUCUCUGCCAGUCCAGGGCCAGCAAGGUCGAUCAGAUGUACCUUCACUUGCAUGGCAACAGGCAUGCCAAAAAAGCACGGGCUCUUGGCCAUGAUGACAUAAUCUGGAUAAAAGAGAAGAAUCAGCUGGUGUACACGCUGACGGGCGAGCUAGUAGUUCGAAAGAACUUUGUGAUACCACGUGAGCCAUCGGGCAACAGCAUGCCAUCUUUGCCGGAAGGUUGGGCCUCAAAUGUUGAUCCGGCUUCCGGUAGAACUUACUAUUGGCCAGUUGAUCAGCCAACUCAAAGCCAGUGGGAGCACCCAGGGAGAACAAGUUCACCCUCUAAAGGUGCAUCCGGGUCAGUCAAGCAAGAUGCCUACAGGAAAAGCUGCAAUGAACUCAGUCCUCUGCCCGAGGAUUGGGAGGAGCACGAAGCAGAUGAUGGAAGAAUGUUCUACUACUGUCUCAGAACUUUGAAAGUGCAGUGGCAGCGUCCGACCGUCGCCAGCCCCCUGGCUGAUCGUGCCCAUUGUCGAGAAUAUGUGAGCACUCGGGAAGCUGCAACCACUCCAGUCGUGGUGCAGUCCGCAUCGUCGACACGCGAUGAGGAAUGCCAUGCCACAUCAUCGCCACCGGUGGAGAUGUCAAGUCCAUCCAGUCAGGCCCAGCAGCCAGCGGCGUGUAGUCUGGACACGAGAACACUGGCCCCUGGCUGGGCUGUCUACUGCAAUGACCGGGGUCAGCACUAUUUCUGGGAUGCAGAGAAUCAGGUGUCGACUUGGAGCCCACCUGAGCCCUACCACUACCAGAGUGCAAAUUGGGUUCUGAUGACCGACAUGCAGGGUGCAUAUUGGCAGUGCAGAUCCAGGGAAGACUGUGCAGGGGUCAGUUUUUACGAGUCUGAUACAAGCUGGCAUCGACGGCAGGAUGGCCAGGGCCGCAUCUAUUGGAGCAAUCCCGUUCGCCAUAUUCGCUUCUUCGAGCCAGCCCGGACUUGA